CCGUCCAUCAAACCCCCCACUCUGGAACGAUUGGUUUUGUAGUUGCAGGGGUGGAGUAAAGGAAACGAGACAGCAGUGAAAAGUUUCCCUUAAACUCUACAACGGAAAAAGUCCAGCGGUAAGACACCUUUCUGUACUGAGAGCCCAAGAGUUUCUAUUAUGGACCCCAGUAAGUCUGCCGGCGCGCCUCCAGCGGGAUGGUCUGAUGAGAAGUCCUCCAUGGGCCAUGCGCCUCCUCCGCCCUACCAGGACCAACCGUACCCGGGAUACCCGCAACCCGGCCCAGGGUACCCGCAACCCGGCCCGGGGUACCCGCAACCCGGCCCAGGGUACCCGCAACCCGGCCCGGGACAGCCGCAACCCGGCCAGGGACACCCGCAACCCGGCCAGGGAUACCCUCCACAUCCGCAGGGCUACGGGUCCCCACCGCAGUAUGGGGGUGCAGUUGGACAGCAGCCAUACCCCAUGGGUCAGCAGGCCACUGUCACUGUCCAGCCCACAGUGUAUGUGACCCAGGUCCCGCUGGCGUACCCUAUCAACGACUACUUGUGCUACUCCAUCUUCACCAUGCUGUGCUGCUGCCUGCCGCUUGGAAUCGCUGCCCUCAUCUACUCCAUCUCAACCCGUGAAGCAAACCACGUUGGGAACCGGCAGGGGGCGGAGCGGAGCAGCAGGAUUGCCAGGAUCCUGAACCACGUGGGCCUGGGAAUCGGCAUCGGCCUCGUUGUCCUCUACAUCGUAUACGCUAUGGUUUUGGCAAAUACAUUUUAAACCUGCUGCAACACCGUUCCCAUAUUUUCAGGCCCCAUUCUCCUUCUACAUCAGAUUGUCAGAGCACACCAGUGACAUAAGUACAGGUAGAUUUUAGUUAUUGACAUUUAUAUGAUGUUUUGAUUCUAAAAUAUGUUUCAAAUUUCAGCCAUCGAUUAAUGUUGUACCAAGAAUCAAGACUUCCACUCAAGUAGGUCCUAUUAUGCCAAGACUUAUAUUUUAUGUUCAAAUAGCAAAAGAUUAUCAAAACACUGUCGGAUUUCAUUUUGGGUUAUUGUUUCCUAAUUGAAAUUGAUUUGUCUGAUUGUACGGUGGGCAAAAUAUUGAUGCCCUUUCAACAAAUUUGUUUGUUGUAAAUGUGCACUAACACUUUUAAAAGUAUGCUAUAAUAGAAUGGCAUUUAUAUUUUAAACAUAAAAAGUAAAAAGUAAAAGAUGAAAUGAUCAAAACAUGGCAACAGUGGCCAAUUGUUCCAUCAGUGGUUCUUUUUUUAAAUCAUAUAGCGUAAGGUUUGGUAUUAAUUUUCAUGUAAUGUUUUUGUUAUCUUUUCUUAACCAAAGCCACAUUAUUUUGCUGUAUACGAAAUUUCUUUAUAAAUAAAGCAUAUUGAAUGAAAGAAA